AUGGUUAUAAGCAGUCUGUAUAUGUUUCUAGCCAAUUAUAUGGGACAGAAUAUAAUAGACCACAAUAAUCAUGUAUUUUUUACUGCGUACAACGUUCAAUGGUAUAGAAUGCCAUUACAUAUACAAAAAGUAAUAUUAUUUUUAUUGCAAAGGAAUACCAAAAAAUUCGUUUUAAGCGUCGGUGGAAUAUUUGAAGGAUCCGUAGAACACUUUGCUACGGUAAAACAUUUGUUAGAACUUCUCCAAGAUACCUAUGAUGAACUAAGAGACGAAGAUGAAAUUGCCAUUAUGGAAAAGUAUUGGAACAUCGCAAAACGUUACACUGAAAUACUUACGCGUAAGACAAUCUCUCAGUUUUCAUUACUCAGGAAAUAUGCAAGUUUCAUAUAA